AAAUAAAGAGGUUUGCUAUUUUAUUUGUGUUUUUCUAUAUUUCAAACAUCUCUAGAAAUUAAAAGUGGAAUACGUAUCUAGCCAAAGCCCCUUUUUUGUCUUUAUAAAGUCAAGUAAGGGGCUGGAGAGAACGUGUGUUGCUAAAGCCCGGCCCAGGAUGCGGGCUAGAGCUCAGAGAAGCCGCGCCUGCUGCCACGUCUGCUUUCGGUUUCUGGGCGUCUCCAUUUUGCGGACUCUAAGGCACGCAGUGAAGUCUCUGAGACCUGAGCCUCCCAAGCAGCCACUUAGGGCCGGACGGGGUCUCGUUCGAUCCAGUUUUCUGGAGGUCUCUAGCGAAGACAGGCGACAAAGUCACUAUUGAGUGGGAUGGGCCAGCGACCGCCCGGUAGUGUCUCUAGUGCAAGAACUUUGAAAGAAAUGAAGAGAGCCCUCAGCAAUGAUGAUGUCUUGUCGUCGUUCCCGGAGCCUUGCUGAGUGGAUGGAGGCUGGACAGGAACCUGGCUGCUGUGGUUCUGAACAUGGCCCUGAGCCCUGUGUCUGCUGAGAUCAUUCACCAGGUGGAGGAGUCUCUUGAUGAGGAUGAGAAGGAGAUGAUACUCUUCUUGUGUAGAGAUGUGACUGAGAACCUGGCUCCACCUAACGUCAGGGACCUCCUGGAUAGCUUAAGUGAGAGAGGCCAGCUCCCUUUUGCUGCCUUGUCUGAACUGCUCUACAGAGUGAGACGGUUUGACCUGCUCAAGAAGAUUUUGAAGACAGACAAAGCAGCUGUGGAGGAAUACCUGUGCAGAAACCCUCACCUUGUUUCUGAUUAUAGGGUGCUGCUGAUGGAGAUUGGAGAGAAUUUGGACCAAGCUGAUGUAUCCUCCUUAAUUUUCCUUACAAGGGAUUACACAGGCAGAGGAAAAGUAGCCAAGGACAAGAGUUUCUUGGAUCUGGUGAUUGAACUGGAGAAACUGAAUCUGAUUGCUUCAGAUCAAUUGAACUUAUUAGAAAAAUGCCUGAAGAACAUCCACAGAAUAGACUUGAAGACAAAAAUCCAGAAGUACACGCAGUCCGGCCAAGAAGCAAGAUCAAAUAUGAAUAGUCUCCAGGCUUCUCUCCCGAAGCUGAGUAUCAAGGAGCAAUUCUAUAACUCAAGGCUCCAGAAUGGGCGAAGUAAAGAGCCAAGAUCUGUGGAACACCGUGGCAUUCAAAGAAACCUGGUGAAGACAUCUAUUCAGGAGUCAGGAUCUUUUCUAUCCCCGCACAUACAGGAAGAGAGUUAUAGGAUGCAGAGCAAGCCCCUAGGAAUCUGCUUGAUCAUCGAUUGUAUUGGCAACGACACAGAAUAUCUUCAAGAGACCUUCACUUCCCUGGGCUAUCGUGUCCAGCCUUUCUUGUUUCCCAGGUCACAUGAAAUACCCCAGAUUAUUCGCCGAUUCGCCUGUAUGACCCAGCAUCAAGACUAUGACAGCUUUGCAUGUGUUCUGGUGACCCGAGGAGGCUUUCAAAGCAUGAUGGGCACAGAUGAGCUUCACUCAGGGUUCUCCUUGGAUUGUGUCAAGAACAUGUUCACGGGGGACACGUGCCCUUCUCUCAGAGGGAAACCGAAGCUCUUUUUUAUUCAGAACUACGAGUCGUUAGGCAGCCACUUGGAAGAUAGCAGCCUGGAGGUAGAUGGGCCAGCAAUAAAAAAUGUGGAUUCUAAGCCUCUGCAUCCCAGACCUUGCACAACUCACCCAGAAGCUGAUAUCUUUUGGAGCCUGUGCACAGCAGAUGUAUCUCACUUGGAGAAGUCCUCCAGCUCUUCCUCUGUGUAUCUGCAGAAACUCUCCCAGCAGCUGAAGCAAGACAGGAAACGCUCACUCGUGGAUCUCCAUGUUGAACUCAUGGACAAAGUGUAUGCCUGGAACAGCGGUGUUUCUUCUAAGAAGAAAUACAAUCUCAGUCUACAGCACACUCUGAGAAAGAAACUCAUCCUGUCUCAUACAUGAAAGCCCAAAGCCUUCUGAGUUUUUGGUAUAUCAUCUAGGGUGGUUUGGAGCUGGCAAACCUCCUGAUUGCGUGGGAGCAGACCUUGAAGGUUACAGCUGCUUCUGAUUCUGGCAUGAGUUCUGGCUUCUGGUUCUCCUGUGCACAGGCAUGGGCUGUAAACUCCUGCCGCCUCUCACUCCAGCCCCCAUGCCUUUACCACUGUGAUGGACUGAAUCCUCCAAAACUAUGAGGCACAGUAAACUAACCUGCUUACAUUCCUUAGUCGGAUGUUUUGCCACAGUGUGGAGAACAGUAAGACAUAAACCUAUUGUUUUGUGGGGUUUAUCUACCACGUUAUACUAAGUUAUUGUAUCAGUGUAGAGUAGUAUGACUCAAAAUUUGAAUAGUGACAUUGAAUGUAACUUGAGACUUAUCUGAGUUCAUCAUGUGACUAGGUAAAUUGUUUCCAUGGCUAAAGUAUGCAUAUCUACUUAGUGGGUUAUUAGUUCAUUAAGUUAUUAGAAGUACGCAUUGCUUCAGGACUUUCACAUUUGCCACAUUUGCCUCCAAUUUCUGUGACCUAGUUCCACAUUUAUAUUCUUUUUCUGCAAAAACAAAUUUCAUUAUGUAUGUAUGUUUAAUAUUUAUGGUAUAAUGCUUUCUAACACAUAGAGAUAGAAAAACUCAUGAGCACGGGAGAGCUGGCCCUGAUCCUCACCAGCUAUGUGAUGGCGUGGGUGGAGGAGAACUAGCUCUGCUCCUUGAAGGUUGUAGCACUCGGGAGACUAGCUUGCACCUUGCCUGGGCAGCACAGUAGAGCCAGCCCCAAGAGCACAACAGUGAGUGGGAGAGCUCUCCCUGGUUGGCUCAGGAACAGGAGAACAGGUGGGCUGACCAACUUGGCUACCAUCCAGGGCUUUGAGUUGGCCCACCCCAGCAUCUACGUCAUCUGUGAUCCGCUCGAGCAUGUGAAGGGGCUGAUCCUACAGAACUAAAGCUGAAGGAUCCUCAUGACACGGGGCAAUCUAAGACACAUCAUGACACAGGGUUUCUAAGAAAGGUCCCAGUGAGGAUCCAGUAUUUAUAGUGUACCAGAAGCCAGAGGCUUCAAGCCAGACCAAUGACUCACUGCAAUGAACAUUUGUAAGUACAGAUGUGUGGACACACAGGUAUACUGUGGGACACUGUGACACACAGGGGCUUUUAUGGAAAUUUUUUAUUUUUUGUUUUUAUUUUUUGCUUUCUUUGGCAGGGACAGAUUACAAGGGCAGAGAGUGGAUAUAGAAGGCUGGAGAGAUGGGACUGGGGUACACGAUGUAGAACUCACAAAGAAUCAAAAAAGCAAAAAGAAAAAUGACUGCAUGGUGAAACAGAUUAGCUUAUUUAUAUAUAAUUUACAUAGCCAGCUUUUUGUAACAAGAGCAGGUAGAAUUUAUUUAUUUAUUAAAUACUUUUGAAACAAGCUUGCAAUGUACAUAGCAAAAAUCCUGUCAUACCAGUACUAGCGUGGGCGACCAAAGGACCACAGGAUCCAGUCCAUGGAUGUAGCAUCUGUGUAAUGAGGUUGUGGGUGUGCGUGUUUGUGAGAGAGAGGAGAGAGAAAAAUUCCAACACACCCAACACAAUAUAAUUUUAUUAGCUGCUAUAAAACAUGGUUAUUUUACUUCUGUGUACUCUUGAGUAACCUAAUACUAUAAUCUCUAUCUGUAUUUAAGAAUAGUAAUCAAACCCCUCCCCUUGAGGCUUAGGGAUGUGUUCCGAAGAGGAGGCAGAAAGACUAAGAGUGAGAGGGGAUGGAUGACUCCAGGAAGCAUCUUCCAGACACAACAGGACCCAUGCACAUGUGAACACACAGAGACUGUGAUGGCACAGGUUCAAACCAGACAGAGGCCCAGCACUGAGAAAGGGGGUAAGAAGUUGUAGGCCAGUGUGCGGGGAACAAGGAAUGUUCAACACGAGGGACUGCCUCUUCAAGGGGAGAGAUGUAUAACCUGUUUCUGCCCAGAAUGCAGGAACAGUGUGAUUCACAACUGGUGGCCUCUGCAUAUCGGUAUGGCCAGGCCACACCGCCUCCCUCAGAUUCAUGUUCACGUCAGUCAAUCCGCACUCUGUCCUCCCUGCCACCCUCAUCAGGACCACUGUUUACCUGGAGACUGCUUCCUCAGUUAAUCCAGAGAAGCUAUCUGUAUGGAAGAUGUUGCUUGCAUUUAAAAGAGUUUCAAUACAGCCAUCUCUUAAGCUUUCUGUACACACAGGACUGAUUAAUUACCACUAAACUAUUUUGAAAUUGUGCUGUGCUUAAAUAUGACUAAAAUGAACUACUCGGUGUCAGACUCCAGAAGUUUGGAUGAAAACUGUCCACUGAGUCAUGCUGAGCCAAACUUCCUUCUUGCCUUUCUUGGAACAACACCCUGCUGGUUGAGGUGUUUGCAGAGAUCCUCACAAAGGGGAAGUCCAACCAAGAAGGCUGUGCAAUAGAUAGCUGCUCAGAAAGGAAAAUCUGUCUUCUCCAGUGAAGUGUCACUGAACGUAUCUACUACUCGCCAGGGCAGGUCCCAGACCCCACACCCAGGAGUAGUUGGUUAAUGUAAAAUGGACUCUGUGUGUUUAUUUAUUUAUUUUUGAUUUUUUUUCUCCUUUUUUCUUUUUUUCUUUUUGGUUUGUUUGUUUGCUUUGCUUUUCAACUUUUUUCUUUUUUGAGAGCAAGAGAACGGAAAGUUGCAUGGGGUGGGGGUUGGGGGGGAUCUGGGAAGAGUAGUGCUGGGAGAAAGUCCUCACAGGACUGUUUCAAGGAUGAAGUGUGUUGUUUGCAACCAUUUUUGGAGCUAUGCUCUUAACUGGUUGUAUCAUUAACUGUAUCAUUAGACUGUACUAUAAGGGGGCUGUUUUGGAAGGACGGAAUCAAGCUUUGAAAAGUUGACAGGAUUUGGCAGGUCACGACAGAGAAGAGACACAAGCCAAGGGAAGGAGCCGCCAGGAGGCGCACAGUGUGCUUUAGAAACCUCGAGUGUAACGUUAAGCUGGAACUGAUGCAUGUAGUGAGAUUCUAAGUCAGGAGGUGGAUGUGGUCCUAUUAAAAGAUAACUAUGUACAGAAGACAACGAAUACUCAUUUUAAAUAAAAUGUUCUAAACUUGUAUGUGAA